AUGAAAAAGACAGUUCGAUACACAACCAGCGCCCUGUUCGUUGGUCUAUCGAUUGGGAGUUUUUUCUGGGGAAUCGGGUCCGAUUUCCUCGGUCGUCGCAUUGCCUUCAACUCUACCUUGCUUAUUACCAGUGUCUUUGGCAUCAUGUCCGCUUAUGCCCAAAGCUGGGGCAGUGUUUGCUUCUUCUUCAGUGCCCUUGGUUUCGGUGUCGGCGGCAAUCUUCCUGUUGAUGGUGCUCUCUUCCUGGAAUUCCUCCCUGAUGCUUCCAGCGCUUUGCUCACUCUGCUGUCCGUCUGGUGGCCCUUUGGACAACUUGUCUCAUCUCUGAUUGCAUGGUACUUUAUCGGCAACUGGCCAGUUGAGCAGGGUUGGCGAUACUUCAUUGUCACCAUCGGCAUUGUUACUUUCGCCAUGUUUGUUGUCCGAUUCUUCGUCUUUCAUCUCUUCGAGUCACCCAAGUUUCUUCUCAACAAGGGUCGCCAACAUGAGGCAGUGGCUGUCAUUCAUGGUCUGGCAUACCGUAAUGGUACCAAGACUUGGCUUACUUCGGAGCUUCUCGACUUGGUUGCUUGUGAGGAUGGCGAGGAUCUGGCCCAUGUCGCAGAGAAGAAGAUUCCUGCUCCAUCGACUAUGGGUUUUCUCCGGGAGAAGCUCCAGUCAUUCUCCGGAGAGCGUCUGCGACCUCUAUUCCGGAAUAAGACCCUCGGCAUGGCAACUACUUUAAUCUGGUUUUGUUGGGCUACGAUUGGCAUGGGAUAUCCCCUUUUCAAUGCCUUCCUUCCUCAAUACUUUGCUCGUGCACAUAACGAAGCAUCGGAUAACAUGCAGUCCGAAACAGAUACCAUCUCAUCAGACACGUACCGCAACUACGCCAUCGCCUCUGUCAUGGGCGUCCCUGGUUCUCUUCUCGCUGCAUACCUCGUUGAUCACCCGUCCCCCUUCCUCGGUCGUCGAGGAACGCUUGCUAGUUCCACCCUCCUCUCCGCGGUGUUCCUUUUCCUCUUUGUCUUCUACGGCACUACAUCAACUGCCCAACUACUAAUGUCUUGUGUUGAGGCUUUCGCCCAAAAUAUCAUGUACGGUGUUCUGUACGCCUUCACGCCUGAGAUAUUCCCUGCUCCUGUUCGAGGCGCUGGUACCGGCGUGGCCAGCUUCCUGAACCGUAUCACUGGCCUUAUGGCACCCAUCAUUGCCGCUACUGUUCCCGGCGAUGGUGCUACUACACCUAUUAUUAUGUCUGCAGUCCUUAUUUUAUCGGCUUUUAUUGGCAUUUGUCUUAUUCCCAUCGAGACAAGAGGAGCUUCACGACUUUGA